AUGCCCAGGCUGGGCGCGCUUCGACCAGUGAACCUCGCCGCCAGAUUCACCUUCACCCACGCCAACCCUGAGGCCAGCGACUACAAAGACCUCUUCCCCCGCCUAGAACCCGAGCCGACCCUGGUGCCAGGCAUCAACGACUUCAUCCGCGUCUUCACAGAAGCCAUCGCUGAGCACUCCGCCCGCGAACGCAGCAAAUACGCGAAAGAAUAUACCAGCCCAUCCCACGACGAGAUUCUGGUCGACGACGAGACCGUCAGGGAAAUCACCCCACUGUUCGGCCGGCUGCCUGAGUAUGCGCACCUUGUCAACAACCCCAGCUGUCGCCACCGUCCCGAUCCGCCGUGCAAAUGUCUCGUCCCCUACAGCGAGCGCCGGGCAGACAGUCUUCUACGACCGUGGGAGGUGAACCACUGUUAUGAGUUUGAAGAGGUCAACGGCGCCGGCUGGAAAAGCUGGCAGUUCCUACUGACGCUGCUCAUCCGCGGCAAAAUGGAGCCACUGCUCCGCCUUGCUUCAAAUCCUGACAACGACUUUGACAUAUGGUCGACGGCGGACGAAGGCAGUGCGCGCCAUAUGUACGAAAACGCAACCCUGGCUUUCAUCUGUCUCCAGAUCCUACGCCAACAUCCGGAGACCUGGACUCGCUGCGAUUAUCGAUUGACCAAAAUGUAUCAGAGAAUGAUCAGCAAGGCGACCGGCGCCGACGCGUACUCGCAGCUACCCUACCUCUCUCACCUGUACUUCCUUGGCCUUCCAGAACGCCCAGCGGGCCUGGCUCCGUACACGCGGAUUCCCCAGCGCGAUGUGUUCAACGUCGAAUACAUGCCGUAUGAUAGUGACAUCCUCCCCGUGGAGGAAAUGCUGAAGAAAAGAGGGCUGCCGACGGAGCUCGUCGCGGAGGUCAUGAAUUUAGCUAAUUACAAGCCGCGGCGGAGACUGAAAGUCGCACACGAUCCAUUCCAUCGCGAUAAUCGGGAGGAGCUGGACAAGUACCUGGCGGAGUGUUGGGCAGUGAUGGUGCGAGGGAACGUGUUCUCAAAGGCUUUCGGCUGCGAGAUGAACUGGGACAACGAUUUGGUGACGGCAUUUGAGCAGCUUUCCCCUGGUCUUCGCUCGAUAGGGGUUCCGGAGAUGGUGCGGUCCGACGAAGCCUAUGUUCCAAUGAUUUAUAUGUUGGUUUGCAGAUCUAAUUGUGACUGA